AUGGCUGGAAUCUUAAAGGUCAAAGAUGGUCUAGUCGUCGAUGAUAAAGGUCAGAGUGUGCUACUUCGAGGAGCAGCAAUCGGAGGGUGGAUGAAUAUGGAGAAUUUUAUCACUGGGUUCCCCGGUCAUGAAUCCCAACAUCGUGCCGCCAUGCUCAAAGUCCUCGGGCCUCAGAAAUACCAGUUCUUUUUUGAUAAGUGGUUGGAAUAUUUCUUCACUGAGGCAGACGCCAAAUUUUUCGCCGAGCUAGGCUUGAACUGUCUUCGCUUGCCGUUUAACUACCGCCACUUCGAGGACGACAUGAACCCCCGAGUACUGAAGGAGUCGGGGUUCAAGCAUCUGGACCGAGUGGUUGAUCUGUGCGCGGCCCAUGGUAUAUACACAAUUUUAGACAUGCAUGCCGUGCCUGGAGGUCAGAACCCAGAUUGGCACUCCGAUAAUCCCACCAGCUAUGCCGCUUUCUGGGAUCAUCGAGACCAUCAAGACCGCACUGUGUGGUUGUGGGAGCAGAUCGCCUCUCGAUAUAAGACAAAUCCCUGGGUUGCCGGAUAUAACCCUCUCAAUGAGCCGUGUGAUUCAGAGCAUAUCCGCCUCCCUGCCUUCUAUGCGCGGGUGGAGAAAGCCAUUCGUGCGAUAGACCCGGAUCAUAUCCUGUGGCUGGACGGAAACACGUUUGCUAUGGAGUGGAAGGGGUUCGAUAACGUGCUGCCUAACUGCGUAUAUGCUAUGCAUGACUAUUCAUCUAUGGGAUUCCCCACUGGUGAUCGGUACCGGGGCACGCCAGAGCAAAAGCAACAUCUUGAACGAUCAUAUCUUCGUAAGGCCCAAUUCAUGACUGAAAAUGGCACUCCUGUCUGGAAUGGCGAGUUUGGUCCCGUUUACUCCGAUCCUGCAUCGGAUGUUGAUGCCGCAACAACCAACCAGGAGCGUUAUAAUCUGCUGGGAGAACAGCUGCGAAUCUAUGAAAAAUAUUCCAUACACUGGUCUAUCUGGCUAUAUAAAGAUAUUGGGCUGCAAGGCAUGAUCUAUACAAACCCACAGAGCAAAUGGAACCAGACAAUUCGACCCUUCCUCGAAAAGAAGCGAGCCAUCUGGAUUGACAAAUGGGGUCAUCAGCAUGUCCCAGAGGCCGAGGCAGCACUGAAGCCACUUCUUGAUUGGAUUGAUCGUGUCAGUCCAUCGGCCAAGGAUACCUAUCCUACUCCGUGGAAUACCGAAUUGCAUGUCACGCGUAAUGUGCUCUAUACCUUUUUGGCUGCUUCAUUUACGGAUGAGUUUGCAGCUUUAUUCCACGGGAUGGAGGAGAGGGAGCUUGAAGAAUUGGCAAGGAGCUUUCACUUUGAUGAAUGUGUGCAGCGAGAUGGCCUAAAUCAGAUUUUGAAGGAGCACUCUCAUCAGUGA